AUGUCUAGUCAAAGCGUAGCAAUAUCUGAGGAUUGUAUACGUGUGGUUAAUGAGGAUCUAGUUGGCAACCUUGCCGGGGAUUUAGACUCAAUGACCAUCAAGGAAGAGCAACUUGAAACAGCACGGGAUGAAAGCAAAAGUGUUUGUCCCUCAGCAAACGGGAAAGGUGUAGAAAAUCUCCGUGAUAAUAAAGGGGUAGCUCCUUCUGCUAAUGAAGAUGUAUAUAAGAAAAGUAAACGGAAGUUCUCCAGGAAGAAACAUCUCAAAAAGAAAAGAACCAUCUCGAUCAAUUUGACCAAUUCAAAUGAUACUAAUGAAGCACCAGCUAAAGUUAACGUCUCUAAUAAGAUUCAAGAAGACAAGGGGAAGGUUGACCAGAAGGUUUUGAGUCUAGUUGAAGACAGUGUCGAAGAUGAAGAAACAGUAAAAGACGCUGCUACCAGCAAAAAGAUCACCAAGGAAAAGAAAUCUAAGGGUAAGAAAAGGUUCAACUGGAAGAAGCAAACCAUUUUUCCUUACAAUGGUAGAAUUAUUAAUGGAAUUAUAUAUCCUGAUAAUUCACCUAUCUUGCUAUCAAGAUCGUUCAGUGGCUCAACAUUUACUAGAAAAAAUUCGAAUUUUAUACCAGUUAAUUCCAAUCACAUGGCCUUACCAUAUGAAAGUGCUUUGGACGUUGUACCAGAGCAUUCUUAUAGAAAUAAUAUCAACGUGAGAUUACCUUCGUUUAAUGGUGUUUUUCAUUAUAAACCCAAGGAAAAAAAUCCUACAAACCCAAAUUAUUCAUUGGGGAUGAACGAAUGCUACUAUGGGCGGAAUCCAUUUCCAAAUGUUCAAAAUUAUGAGAGCAUUAAACCCAGAGAUGCUGAAGGUGAGAAAGUACUGGAGAAACUUCAAAUCGAUGCCACUGAAAAGAACAAAAUUGAUUCCAUUACUCUGAGCCUUACUCAAGACAAUACAAGCUCAACAUCUAUCAACACAAUCACUGCUAAUUAA